ACAGAAAGAUAAACGCGCAGUCAUAUUUGGACAGAGGAAACAAUGCCCAUACAGAUUUGUGGAACAAACCAGCAUAUUAGUCGGGUCCAGCGGAGAAACCCUGGGAGGACCCGGCUCCUUGGAGUGGCCCUUCCUCUGAGGCUGUACUCGGUCAAGAUAAGAAGAUUUCACCAGUGGUACCCAACCCACUAGCGGCACCUUUUUUCGGUUAUCAGGAAGUGCAUCCUGCAUUACUUAGCUCACUUUGCAACCUUAUUGCCCUGUGGUCUCCGCUCGAGGUCGCACCUGGUUUGGCAUGUCCAGGUUUUUGAUUUGUUUUCCCUGUACUCUUUCCCAUUGUUGGGUGUUGGUGUCCUGUCUACAGGCCCCUUCAUUUCUAGGUUUCUUGCCCGCUAUAUAUACAUUCUUUAUUGCUUGCAGAGCCAAUCCUUAUCCCUGGGUUACGGAUCUGACUUGCCUAUUUCCUUAUAGGUUUCUUGCCCGCUAUAUGUCUAUUUUUACUGCUGGCACGGCCCCAUGGUUUGGGACUUAAACUUGUCUUAGUACUCAUCCCCAUUAAUGGGUGUUGGGGGCCGGGCUGAGGGCCCCUUUGUUUAUAGGUUUCUUGCCCGCUAUAUACUUGUUUUUUUUGCUGGCACAGCCCCAUAGCUUGGGCCUUAAACUUGUCUUUGGACUCAUUCACCAUUAUUAGGUGUUGGGGAAUUUGUCUAUGUACUCAUCACCACAAUUGGGUGUUGGGGUCAUAUCCAAAGGCCCCUUUGUUUGUAAAUUUCUUGCCCGCUAUAUAUACAUAUUAGUAGCUAUAUUAUGUUGUGGCCCUCCGUUAAGAAAUAUAUCCGUACUCAGAGAGUGUUUAGUUUAGGCAAAUAUAAUGGAACAACUAUAAAUAUUGGCAUAGACCGCCUUCUUAGCCCACUACAUUUUCUCCCAUGCAGCAGACACUCCCACCUUGUACUGUUAACACAGGAACGUUGCUGAUUUCAGCACCAUGGACAGCCCCAGCAUUUAGCUAAUUUCAAAACCAUGGAACGUUCCAUAAAUUUGUCCAUUUCAGGGCAAUGGGCAGUGCCCGUCAUAUUGCGUGCGAUAGAGACUUCCCUUCAAAUAACUCGUCCAGUCAUAUUUUGCUAGAAAACGGUACAAACCCACCGCCGGAAAAAAAUAUUUCUCCACAGCAGUAGAUGGCAGUAAAGUGCCUUGUAUCCAAUGUGCUAUUCUCUAGAGAUAUCCAGCAAAGAGAAACAAAGUUGCGCUUUCUGUUGUGGAUUUUGAGAGGAGCCACAAUUUACUUGUCAGCGACACCAUCUGUCGUUUCGCUUUUAAUUUACAAUAAGGAUAGCGUUUUUAAGCAGUGUUUACUGUUCUUUUGAAUGCAGGUCUAUGCAAAUUCGAUACGCUGUUUUUACUCCAAUUCUUUGCAGAACCCAACGUUUUAACUGCGCAAUAAAUAAUACGCGUUUGCAGAUGCUGUUUACCCAAACGGUGCCUGGUGCAAUAUAUUUGCUGGCUACGGUUUCCCCUCGACUUGACAGAUACAUAACACUAGUUAAAGUCUUUUUGGUUCCUCAUUAGCCUACAAGAUGUCUAUGGAACUGGAUGUGUUUGUGGGGAACACAACUAUCAUGGAUAUGGAAGUCUAUCAGCUUUGGUUGGACGGUCUCACCGUGAGUGAUGCAGUAAAGGUGCGGAUGGAUGAGGGGGCAUUAUUGGAGUGUGAGGCGAAUCCAGAGGUGCUGACCAGCGAUACCAUGGACCAGUUUAGAACCUUCCAGAUGUGUGAGCGUCUUUUACACUCCCCCACCAAAUUGGGCAGUCAGCUGCUGUAUCAGAUCCCGGCCCAGAACCAGAUAAUUCUCAUUGAAAGGUACUAUGAAUUUGACAGUGUGUUUGCCAGAGAGGUGCUGGGGAAAAAGCUCUCCAAAGGGACCAAAAAGGACUUGGAUGACAUCAGCUGUAAAACAGGGAUCACACUGAAGAGCUGCAGGAGACAGUUUGACAAUUUCAAGCGGGUGUUCAAAGUGGUGGAGGAGCUCAAGGGCCCACUAGUGGAGAACAUACAGCGUCACUUCUUGCUCUCCGACACACUGGCAAGGGACUAUGCUGCCAUUGUGUUUUUUGCAAACAGCCGCUUUGAGACAGGAAAGAGGAAGCUACAGUACCUCUCAUUCCAAGACUUUGCCUUCUGUGCAGGCCAGCUCAUCAGUUACUGGACAAUAGGAGCAAUGGAUAGCAUGAUGGAGGAUAUGGAUGUUGACCUGGAGAAAGAGUUUCUGAAUGAACUGAAAGAUCUCAAGGUUUUGGUUAACGACAAAGACAUGAUGGACCAACAUAAAAUCCUGGUGUGUGCUGCUCUGCGGGGAAAGAUCAAAGUCUACAAGUUGAUGGAGGUUAACUUCAAAAAUCUUUCUAGAGCCCUGAUAAACCUUGCAUCUAAACUUACACAUACCAAAGAUGUCAGAGAUUUAUUCAUCGACCUUGUGGAGAAGUUCAUAGAGCCAUGUCGAUAUGAUAGAUGGACAGUGGCAGAGAUCACACUCUUCCUCACUCACUACACCAAUGCCGCUCACUGUCUUGGCACGUUCAGGCACCAGAUGAUUUGGGACAGAUACAUGGGCGUCAUCAAAAGCUGUAUCCUCCAAAUGUACCAUGAAUAGGUAGAUCCCUGGUCUGGACCUCCUCUCCUGAUUGAGCUGUAUCACAGGAGGCUGCUGAGGGGAGGAUGGCUCAUAAAAAUGGCUGGAAUGGUGUGAAUGGAAUGGUAUCAACACGUGGAAACCAUUUAUUUGAUGUUUUCAAUACCAAUCCAUUUAUUCCGUUCCAGCCAUUACUAAUAGCCUAUCCUCCCCAAUUAAGGUUCCACCGGCCGCCUGUGAUCUGUAUUGAUCUUACUGUGAAUCUGUCUUCCCUCUGGCAUUUUUUCGUAACUACCUCAGCCCAGUGCAGUCCACUUCUCCACCUCUCCCUGAUCAAAGUGAACUAUCUGUCUCCAUCUCCUUCUAUCUCUUCAGUCAGUCCCCCUGUAAAUAUACUGAAUGAACUGAAUACUUUUCUGAUAUGUAAAUUGUGACUUAAAUGAAGUAAACAUAUUUGUUUUAGAAA